AUGGUGGGAGCGCAGACUGCUGUGACGGAUGGCGAAGGCGCCCUAAAUCCACUUGGCUCCUUUUCCCACCUCUCCCAUACCAACACGAGCACACACACUUUCUCAACCAAUACGCAUAACUAUCUGGCAAGGUCUGACUUCUGUAUCGCUUUGGCUAACCCUCGACUGGACGCAAACUCAUCACCAGUCGAGUCCUGCUGGCCUGAGCCACCCACCUGUUCUAAACUCGUCCGAAGUUGGACGAACCAGUCACCUUAG